AAUUUUAUGCAUCGAUAUGUGCCUUUUCUGCAUCAAGUUAGUAUGUAAAUGUAUUUCAUUUUUUCCAAAUAAAAGUUCUCAGGGGUCUAAAUAUUGAGGGGCACGUGUCUUCUGUAUCCCCUCAAAAUCUACACCUAUGAAUACAGUAACUAAGUCUAUACUCCAACAGUGCUGCCUACCAUUUGGGAGAGAGGGGUGGGUCUCUUUUCUCUCUGCAGUCCAACAGAGAUGACCUGUGAUCGCUUCAGACAUUAACUUAAAGGCUGAGUAUCUCUAAAAACCCAGCAUCAACUCCAGUCAGAGACAAUCAACUAUGAUGGCCUCUCACUAGACUCACACAGAACACAUUUACAUGAAGAUACAGAUAAAUAAAUAUAAGAUAAAUAUAAACAGGCAGGAAAGUUUUUGGUAUACUGUAAAUACAGGGUUAGUGCUGCACAUUUUGCUCUCUCAUUCAGUUGAUUAUUAAUAUAUUUUAUUUUACCUUGUAAAAAAUCUUUGUUAAAAAUAUUGAGAUACAUAACAUGGAUGAGGAAUAAUUUGAGAGAGAUUUGGGUUCAUAAUAAUUCUUAUCUGGGAGAAAUAAGUGACAUCAGUACGAUCAGAUGUUUGUGGAUGGGGAAUCCUCGAUGCGUAAAAUUACGCAAUGAACCAUGCGGCCUAACCUUUAAAAUACUUUUGGGAAGUGGAGCAACUUUAAAGCUUACCAUAAAUAAGGGGUGACUCUUUCCAAAUACCAUAGUCAUGAUGAAGCCAGGGCACUCCCAAAAUAUGCAAAAAAAAAAAAAAAAGCUUGAUUGAUGAAUGUAAAUUGAGACGCGUCAUGCAGAGUAAUAAAUAGAGCAGUGGAGGUAGUGAGAGCACCAUCCUCCUCCUGGCAGAUCGCUGCAGCCUGCAACAGCAACACAACAGGUUUACGAUGAUGCUGAGACGUCUCCUCCCGGUGGUGCUGCUGUCACUGCCCGCCGUUCUUGUUGGCGGUGUCGCCGAACCGCUUCUGACCUUCACAGACAAGGACCCGAUCACCGGGGUCUCGGUAGAGUGCGACCGCUGUCCCCCCGGGACCUACCUGCGAGCACGCUGCACGACGACGCAAAAGAGCGAGUGCUCGCCGUGUCCGACGGGCUCGUUCACGGAGCUGUGGAACUACAUCGGCAAGUGUCUGCGCUGCGGGGUGUGCGGACAGUACCAGGUGGUGAAGACGCCGUGCACAGCACAGAGUGACUGCCAGUGUGAAUGUAAACCGGGAUACUACUACAAGAAGAAGUGGGACAUGUGCCUCCGCCACAGCGAGUGUCCGUGCGCACAAGGGGUGCUGACCAAAGGUACACCUGAUGAGGACACAGUGUGCCACAGCUGUCCCAAUGGCACCUUCUCCAACACCGUCUCUCCUCACCAGAACUGCACUCUACACAAAAGCUGCAACGCUCCAGGCCAGGAGCUGGUGCUAAAGGGCUCCACCUGGCAUGACAGCGUGUGCACCACCUGCAAAGAGCUCAAAUCAAAAAAUGGAGGCGACUACCUCAAAGAAAUCCUCCCAGAUUUCUUUGUUCACCAGAAAAUAAACAUCAAGCGGCUGCGUCAGAUCGUGCACAAGCUCCCAUCUGAGGACAGCAAAAGACAAGGAGCAACUUUGCGACUUAACCUCUCAGAACUUAAUGCACGAAUCAACACUUGGGUUGCUUCUGCCACGGCGAAUCAGGUUCGUCAGCUUCCGGGGAUUCUGAACAAAACAGGAGCAAACGGUGCUAGUAAGAGACUGCAGAGCAAGCUGCAGAGAAUCGACUCAAAUCUGAAGGAGCUAUGUGAUAUGAGGAACGAGGUGGAUGUAAUUGCAAUUUCAGGGUAGGCUGAGGUAGAAAAUAUUUAGUUAUAGGUGCCAAGAAGUUUGAUUAGUCCAGUGUUUAUUUGGGGGGAAAAAAACUUUUAUUUUUUGUAUGUAGUUCAAGAAAUGCUGCCCUUUUCGAGAUGCACUGUCAAUACAGGCUUUAGUACUUUUUGCGUUAGUUAAAGGAGAAUACCCGUCAAUUAGAGAAACAGUUCAUUCACUUCUAUCUGCAUCGAGCUGAUAAAUAUUCCCUCCUUUUUUCAAAGUUCAGUCUUUUUGAUCUUAAAAUCGACCAAACAAAACGAACUUGACUGUGUCACCGAGCUUGAAAUGACCUGCUUACCAAUUUUUUGCAAAAUUAAUGUUAACUAGUCCAUACCCAUUGAGUGCACAGUUGCCCACGUACAGUUUCACAUGGUGUGUGUUUGGGAUACAGGUCAUAGGAAAUUGCAGAUUAAAUAGUCAACUGAACCCAUUAAGAAGAGCAAUGUGUUCAGACAGAGUUUUUGUGAAUUUGAUAGUACGAUUG